AUGUUUUUCAUGUCACUUCGGUUUAACAUCAAAUGUCAGAAAACUGGUUAUAAGAGCAUUGCGGCAAAAAGACUCACAGGUUUAACGGCACGUGUGAUCAAAGUUUCGUUGGCCUGUGCUACAAUGAUAGGUUCUUACGAAUAUUUUAAAAUAUCCUUUGCAAAAAUGAACAACAUUCAUGCCGAUUUAGAAGCAUCUAAGCGUCAACAACGGUGA